GUCACAUCAGCUGUAAUAAAGUGAGGUGAGGAAAAUGAAAGUUACAGAAACAGAAACUGAUCCUCAGAGUGUUGAUAAGAGCAGCAGACCUGAGCAGGAGCAGGACUCAGACCAGUCAUGGGUGUUCAGGGACUGACCAGACUCCUGGAGAACCACCACAGGGUCUACAUGGAGACCCGCUUCAGGAGGAGCCGGCUGCUGAUUGACGGCUGCAACCUGAUCUACCUGCUGUACUUUGACUCAGGUCUGGACCAGAACCACGGUGGGGAGUACGCUGCCUUUGAGAGUCUGAUUGAGAGCUUCAUCCGGGCCCUCAGAACCUGUGACAUCAGUCCAUAUGUGGUUCUGGACGGAGCGUCCAACAUCUCUGACAAAAAGGUUGAGACCCAGGCCAGGAGGACCGAGGACCGGGUCCAGCGGGCCAGCCAGGCAGCGGUGAGCGGCAGGUCCAUGCAGAUCCUCCCGCCUCUGGCCAGCCUGGUGCUGAGGCAGACGCUGGCCCGGCUGCAGGUUCCGGUGGCCCAGUGCUUCGAAGAGUCGGACCACGAGAUCGCGGCCCUGGCGUCUGAGUGGAAGUGUCCGGUUCUUUCCAACGACAGCGACUUCUUCAUCUUCGACCUGCCCGCAGGCCUCCUGCCCAUAUCUCACUUCCACUGGAAGGAGGUGAACCGGACCGGCUCUCAGAACUUCAUCUCCUGCAGGAGGUUCUACACCUCCAGCUUCUGCUCCUUCUUUGGAGUCCAGCUGCAGCUCCUGCCCAGCUUCGCUGCCUUGGCCGGGAACGACUACGUGAAGCUGACGGAGAUCAACUGGACCCAGUUUGCCCCUGCAGACCAGGAGAGGCCCAGCCGCCUGGAGGGGCUGCUGCGCUGGCUGAGGGACUUCCAGAGACCUCAGGAUGCCUUGGAGGCCGCGCUGGGUCUGCUGGGGGAUCUGAGUCCUGAGACCAGGAGGGACUACCUUCAGAAACUGUACCAGGGGAUGGAGGACUACGAGCUGCGUCCAAGUCCUCUGAGCCGCUUCUUCCUUCAUGGAGUCCCACCUGAGUUUUCUGCUCUGGAGGAGGUGGAUCUGGUUCCACACUGGAUGCUGCUGCCUCUGACCCAGGCCCGGCUCACCUCUGAGGUUCUGGACGUUCUGCGGCUCCGCACCAUGAAGGGUCUCAGCCUGGCGGUGGAACUGCAGGACCUGCCCAGCUCCAACCGGACCUCCAGUUCGAUCCGACAGGUGAUGUACGGGCUGCUGCUGGGGAACCAGGAGCCUCUCCAGGUGAUGGAGGUGGACAGAGUCGGGUCAGAGGUUUACUCCAUUCCUGUCGACCCGAUGUUCAGCGGAAUCAUCAAACAGAUGGAUCUCAGCACUCUGAACCAGGUGAGGCUGUUAUUCAAGCUAAAGUUCUGCUCUUCAGAAAGUCACACUCAGAUGUUCCUCAGAGGACUUUAUGAACAUCAUCUGUUCCAGGAGGACCACUCUGAUCGUCUGCAGGUCCUACUGGAGGUUCUGGGGGUGACCGGGGACUCCCUGAGCCUCCUGCCCCCCCAGCUGAAACUGCCAGUAGCCGUCACCUGCUACUGGAUGCAGAGAGCAAAACCUAAACCGGACCAGAGACUGCUGAAGGCUCUGCUCCUGAGCAUCAGUACCGGAACCAUGACUGGACCCAGAACAGGUCUGCAGAGAGACGGGUCCAACUGCACCCUAAAGUUGGACAUUUCUACGCUUUAUUCCUUGAAUCAGUGGCAGAUGUGUCUGAAGAGCUCCAUAUGGCUGAACCAGCUGCUGGGGUUCCCUCUGCAGGAACCACAAAUCUCACGAUUUAGCUCAGAUAGAAAAUCCAGCAUCAGAUGUUUGUUUACUUUUAUGUACAAACAUGUUUGUAAACAACGUGUUGUUGACAUGUUUGUUGGGUGUCAGAGUGGCAGAAACAGGAGUCAACAAACGGGUCAAACAUUAAACUGGAGGUCUGGAGGUCCUCCACAGACUCCAUCUGUAGCUGUCAUGGAGGCAGUGACUCACUUCCUGUUUGUCUUUUUGUCCAGGCUGUAUGAAGGGACACUGGUCCACCAGCUGGUCCACAGGAUCAGGACUGGAGGAAAACUGAAGAGUCUCCUGAAGACAGACAGGACCAGCCGGGACCUGUACCGCAUCAUGUUGUCUAUGGUUCAACAGUUUCAGGCUCAGCAGGUGGACUCAGAGGACCGGCUCAAAGCGUCCACACGAAGACAGGUACGACCACCUCUGAACGAACUGACAGCCAGCCUGCAGCAGCUGUUCCUGCAGCCCCCCGACCCCGAGGAGCAGACUGAAGCCCACAUCGACAUGCAGACCCUGCAGCAGUUGCAGCUGGAGGAGCAGCUGUCCAUCAGGACCAGGUUCAAAACCAAAGACAGGAGCAACAGGUGCAACAAACCAGAACUGUCCCGCAAGAACGAGUGCAGGGGAGGUGGCGUCUUCUGAUGUGGGUGGGGCCUCAUCUGAGGUGGGUGGGACCUCCUCUGGUGGGCUAUGACAGAAAAACUACCUAAAAUGAGUCUCAUGCUCUCUUUGCAAACCUCUGCUGCUUCAACAUGAAAACUCUGUUUAACUCCAAACCUGUCCUAACCUGUUCUAAACUGUCCUAAUCUGUCCUA